AUGGAAUCGCUUUCAAAAAUCAGCGCGCCCUCAACUGAUGUGCAGCAACUACGAAAAUUUUACGAUAGCUGCGAGAGCAACAUUCGCGCGUUAGAAACGCUGGGAGUCCAGACAGAUUCAUAUGGAAGUCUGUUAAUUCCAAUUCUGCUAAAGAAGUUACCGGAACAAUUACGUUGUACAAUAUUCAGAACAAAUUCUCAGGCAGAUUGCUCCCUAAAUGAUUUACGAGCAGCGCUUUGUCAUGAAAUAGAAACCAGGGAAAAGAGUCAACUUACGCAAGAAAACGACACAAGCUCAGUCGUCGACGACGUGCUCGUACCCACAGUUGGCGCCUUACUCGCAAACACUCAACCGCGCCAAAUACACAAGCCACCAAAAGGCUCCGAUACGAAUGGGAGAUUUGAGCUAAAACCAUGCAUAUAUUGCGACGGUAAACACCGUCACACCAAUUGCUCAAAAGUAAAAUCAACAAAAGAGAAAAAGACCAUAUUGGCGCAGAAAAAUAAAUGCCUUAACUGCCUCCGAUCAGGCCACACAAGGUAUCAAUGUCGCUCAAAAGGAAGAUGUCUAAAUUGCGGGCUAAAACACCAUACGUCGAUCUGUGAACCAAGCGAGCCUAAUCGAGAUUCAAGCAAGAGAAACGAAAAACAAGAAGACCCACAAAACAUCAAAAACGUCACGUCCGCAAUGACAACCUUAACAAGUACAACGACACAUACAAAUACACUAAUGCAAACUGCACUGGUCACAGCAAGCGGACCAGCUACGAGUUGCCAAGCACGCAUCCUUAUUGAAACCGGAUCGCAAAAGACAUUCAUUACGCAAUACCUCAAGAAUAAGCUACAUUUGAAAGCCGUUCAGAACGAGAUACUAGACGUAGCCACAUUUGGUUCAACCAAAGGCACUCCAAAAUCCUACGAAGUCGUAACACUUACCUUAAACGCGGUAAAUAAAGGCGUCACAAUAACAGCCUUAGUCGCCCAUCAUCUGCCCACCGCUCUCAAGCACCCAACAGGCGGAAAUUCCUGUUGA